AUAGAUAGUUGUAGCCGGGUUUGUGUGAUGACUAGAUGGGUGCAGAUGUAUGAUAGCCACUGUAGCCAGUUCAGUGGGUAGAAGUUUAAGAAGUUGGAUGGGUUUGUUUAAUGAUUGAGUCACUGUAUAAAUGUGCUGAUGGAGAUAGUUAUAGUUAAAUAUAUACGAUUGAUGUCCUAGCAUGGUGUGCCAAUCAGGUUAAAUACAGUAUGUUCAUAUUUGCCACUUGAGGGACAUUUUCAUAAAGUUUGGUUAUAUAGAAGGUGAGCAGAUCUUCUUGAGCCAUAUCAGUCUUUCUGACUUUGGUCUUUGGAUCAGAAUGUCUUGUCGUUAGCAUGCCAAGACAAUUACAGCAAGACAGGCGCCACAUUAGUGUUUGUAAUAAUGCUCAGCAUCAGUAAGUAAUAAAUUCAACAAAAGCCCCAGUAAUGUUCUUUUCUUUUAUUAUUAAUCACUCCUUUCAAUCGCAUCAGCUCUCUGUCCCUCGCCUUCUGAGCCUGUAGUGAUACACCCCCGGUUUAGCAUUACUUCACAUUAAUUAUACAUGUGGUAUUGAACAGGUUUUCUCUAAGAUCGCCUAAAUAUGGAACCCCCGGAGAACACCUCCAGGGCACUGAAGGACACUCGUCAUCCCUCAGUAGCCUCCAAAAUUUCUCCUCUUCCUUAAUGUUACAUACUUCAUACCAUCCCUCCAUGAGCUUUUACUUUUUUCCUACCACUGUGGUCAUGUUUCUGGGAACAAGCUUUCAAAUGUUUUGGUCUAAAACCAAAGGAAAUUGAAAGCAACUGGAUACCGACUGACCAAUAAGAUCCUAAUUUGUUUACAUCAUUCACCAGAUACCUCGUAUGAAAUUAGCGUUUAUACUUAUUAUAAAUCAUCCACACAUUCAGCGUAAGUCACAGUAAUCUCUCUCAAGUGAGUGCAAAAUGGAAGAUACUGUAGUGAGAAAAUGAAUGAAAGAAAGCCACAGACAGUGAUCGUUGUCUCAGUCUGGUCCGCUCGACUAUGAUGUCACUUUUGGGUCGGGUCCAGUGAUGUUUUGAGUUGCAUUGCAUAUCAGCGAUUGAUGUUUUUACCACAUUACUGACUCCUUCAUGGAUUUGUUUGCACGUUUCCGUGUUUGGGUGUGGGUAGAUCUUAUUACACGGAGGAGGGAAAAACUUGUUUUUAAAGCUUGUUAACUUUAACUGCUUUAACACAAGAAACCCUUUAAAUGUACUCACACAUCUGUUCCUAAUGUCAGCUUCCCAAAAACUGCUGUAAAAUAUUAUAUAUUAAUAUUUUUUUUACUAGGGCUGUCAAUCGUGAUUAACCACAUUUUUUCCAUAGUUAACGAAUAAUUAAUUACAAUUAAUCGCAGAUAGAAAGAAGUAUUGAUAUAAUAAGUAGGUAUGCUACGAUCAAGGUUUUAUGCUGCCGAUUUCGGUACAUUCCGAUUCCUUGCUGCACCGUUGCUACUGGCGAUAUGAUAUGAAAAAAGGAACCAUAAAAAUCACCUUAAUUUAGACAAAAACAUUCGACAACAUAGAGUCAUGGAAAAAACUAUUAGAUCACCUUCUUUUUUUCAGUUUCUUGUUCAUUUUAAUGCCUGAUACAACUAAAGGUACCUUUGUUUGGACAAAUAUAACAAUGACAACAAAAAUAGCUCAUAAGAGUUCAUUUUUUUGACAGUACAAUGCUAUAGCUAUUCAUGUAAGAACGUACGUGAUUUUGGUUAUGAUCAAGAAAACUAUGGAAGAUGCUAGAUAUCAUCUCUUAAAUUCAACUCGUUUGAGCUACAGUAUAUUUGUUAUCAUCAUUAUAUUUGUCCAAACAAAUGUACCUUUAGUUGUACCAGGCAUUGAAAUGGAGCAAUAAACUGAAGAAACAAGGGUGGACUAAUCAUUUUUUCCAUGACUGUAUACGACUCUGAAACUUCCAGAGGAUGACAAAUGCAAAAAUGGAAAUGCAAAAUGGUAAGUUUUGAUGACUUUAUUGAGUGCUAAUGUGCAGCUCUUUGAAAAACAAAGUCCAGGCUCAUACUGGUGGAUGGUGGGUCUGUAUUUAUUUUGUGCUUUUUAUUUGAUGUUGUUUCUGUCAUAGUUUUACACAAUACAAAAUAAAUAACAUAAAUUAGAUACUUUAAUGUACGUAUGUUUUGUGUGUAUGUGUAUGUGUUGAAAAUCUUUUAGCUAGUGCGCUGCUAAUGCUAGCGAUGACAGAUAGAUAAUAUUACAUAAUAAGGUAAUACCUCCAGUUUUGUGUGUAUGUGUGUGGGAAUGUGUGUGUGUGAUGCUAAUGCUAUUUACAUCCAUUCUCGUCAUCAGCCAUGGUCACAUUGACACAAGCCCCCAAACAGUUGUCCUUUGCUAUGCCUGCCGGUAAAUAGCAGCUCGUAACCCAACUUUUAACUCGCAGUUCAAAGCAAAAAAAUCAGCCGAGAGACGGCUCGCAUUUAAAAAAAACACUCGUUAGCCAAGGUGUAAGUAUUGCAGUCUAGCCAGAAAAACAUGAAUAAAGGACUAUCCUUCUUCUGACUGGUUUGAAAACUUCAUCCCUAUGCGUUCACGCUCAUGAUGGAACUGGUGGAGUAAAUUGCUGUAUUUGCAUUUUCCGCUACAAAAGUGCAAGUCUUUUUUCUGUUGUUUUGAGGGGUCUCCACUAGAGAACAGCAGAGUGCCAUGUUCCUCGGACAAUAAGCCACUAAGUUGUGUGCACAAGUGUAACACGACCCCAGGGAGUGAGUGGUCCCAGUUCCCUUUCCAUUACACUAUAAGAGUGUGUCAGGAAUCCACUUUGUGCUGUUAGGUCCCAGUAAGUGGAACAAUUACAAAGUGGGUCACUGUCAGAGCUGCCUGGGAGAUGGGAUGAAGGGGAUAUGUUGACUUUUUAACUAAAAACUGAUGAUAGUUUGUUUGGAUGCAAGUGAUAGAAACGUAGCCUUUGCCUAAAUUGCUCAAUAGAUUGGGGGGGAAAGUCCAAGACUUUUUGAUUAAACCUUUUCUCUCUUAUAAAUAUUUGGAUCUACUUGACCUUAACAAAAGGAGCCGGAUUAUCGCUCCCUGUGCAAAAAUGCUCUCCCGAGAUCCACUGGUGCUGAAAAAAGGGGCAGUCAAUUAAAAUGGCAGCGCUAAAAAGGGACGCAGUCAGGGAAAAAGUGUGACAGAAAGAGAGUGACAAGCAAAGCGGGUGACAGGAUGGUGAUGAGAAGAAAUGGAAUCAUGAGGAGGUAACAUCAGAGCAACCCAACCGAGAGGACUGUGCAAGGAAAGUUAUAUAGACGACGAGGGCACAAGAUGAGCGUACGGUGGGAGACAGAGGGCCUUCAAACGGUUGGCAUCGUGUGUCUUGUCAUCAUGUUCCUCAAACUGAUGCACCUGCUGGGCCUCAUUGACAUCACUGAGACCGACAGCAGCGACAGUGAUCUGGAGCUGUCGACGGUGCGUCACCAGCCGGAAGGCCUGGACCAGCUGCAGGCUCAGACCAAGUUCACCAGGAAAGAGAUUCAGUCUCUCUACAGAGGCUUUAAGAAUGAGUGUCCCAGUGGGCUGGUGGAUGAGGAGACGUUCAAGUCCAUCUAUUCUCAGUUCUUUCCCCAAGGAGACGCAACCACAUAUGCUCACUUCCUCUUCAACGCUUUCGACAUCGACAGAAAUGGCUCCAUUCGUUUUGAAGACUUUGUCAUCGGUUUGUCCGUGUUGCUCAGAGGUUCUGUCACUGAGAAACUCAACUGGGCCUUCAACCUCUAUGACAUCAACAAAGAUGGCUACAUCACCAAAGAGGAGAUGCUGGCCAUAAUGAAGUCUAUCUAUGACAUGAUGGGCCGGUACACUUACCCAUGUGUGCGAGAAGAGGCGCCGUCUGAACAUGUGGACAAGUUCUUCCAGAAAAUGGACAGAAACCGAGAUGGUGUCGUGACCAUUGAAGAGUUCAUCGAGACCUGCCAGAAGGAUGAGAACAUCAUGAACUCCAUGCAGCUGUUUGAAAACGUGAUAUAACAAAUCAAGAUGCUGCUUGGAGAUAUUUUUUCAUCAAGCACACACACAAAUAAUAGCAUCACUCACUUAAUAUAAGUACUGUAAAGACACAAAGAGGGUUUUUUUCUGUCACCAUGCUUCUUUCAGUUGCACCUUGCAGAUAUUGUGGAUAUAAAGGACUGUCACUGACAGACGAUGAGCUUCCUGGAUAGAGCACACAUCUUUUUGUGUGUGUUUUGUGUCCUCAAUAAAUUGCACAAAAGAACUAGAAAGAUUGAACUCAUGAGCACCAACCCCAAAUGCUUGGACUCACUAAUUCUCUUUCAUUCUUGUACACGCAGUGUACAAAGUCAGUCAUGUUGACCACACUGAAAAAGAGAAACAAAGCAUGUUUGUUAUUGAAUAUGUGACGUGGAAUUAGCUUGCACUGUAGUUUAAUGUUGAUACGCCUGGUGCACAAAUGAGGGGACUUUUGUGUAUAUAGGGUAUGUAAAGCUACGUUGCUGCACUGGCUGAUGGAUCUGAUCGAUACAAGUAAAUGUUUAUUUUAAAAAUAAUGUUUAGUGACAGUUCCCUAUUGAAUCAAAGCAGAUUAUUCCUUAGUUAUUGUGUUCUUUUGUAGUUUUUUGAGAUUAUAUUGAAAAUGGAGCCAAAAUGGCAGUGUAUCUGUGCAGUAGUGUGACAAACAAGGACUGUAAAUGUGGCUUUUUUUAAUGCUGAAUGAAGGCUUUAUGUUGGUUUUUCAGUAUCUACUCGCAUGAUGAGUGCCACAGUAUAAUGUACAGUACAGUGGGACCUUUGUGACGUGGGUUAAUAAAGAUGCUGGCGACUGCUGUGA